GACGUCAAGACAACUUAGUAAAACAUGGUGGACUAGUUGUAACGUCGACAAAUAAACUUAAAGCAGGAAGUCUAUGCCGUAUAGUGUAUUGAACAAUGUCAGGGAUACUGGCCAAAAAGGAUUCAGUUUGACCUCUGUCAGGAACAACAAAGUUUUGGGUGCUGUCGGUUGUAAAAAUUGCACAUAAAUUUGUAUGCAAGACCACGUCAGUUUGUAACAUCUGUGGCUGAGACUGCACAGUGGGUAAAAUGUUACUCGGCAAUUAAAGCUAGGAAAUAUAUUUGAAGUUUUGGGAUGAAAUGAGUCUAUUAAGUUGACUUUGUGAACACACUGCAUUUCAGUUGACCGACUUUCAUAACAUGAUUCUUUAACAUAAUUUUGAUAUCACAAUGCAUCGGUUCUAUUAUUAUGUGAAGUAGCGUGAUCAGGUAAAGCAAUAAUGUCUUUCUUUAGUAAUUUUAAAAAGAUUUUUAAUAUUGGAGGAAGUGUUGGAGGUGGAGAAUCAAAAAGAAGACGUGUCUAUCACAAUAUCAAAUUUAAUGAGAAUCCAGAAGAUUAUUGGGAAGUUAUUGGAGAACUUGGAGAUGGUGCUUUUGGAAAAGUUUAUAAGGCAAAACACAAAGAGAAUGGUGCACUUGCUGCUGCAAAAAUCUGUGAGCUGAAAGGAGAAGAUGAUCUAGAAGACUUUAGUGUAGAAAUUGAUAUUCUCACUGAAUGUAAACACCCAAACAUUGUGUCACUGCAAGAAGCAUUUUUUUAUGAAGAAAAAUUAUGGAUGUUAAUUGAGUUUUGUGAAGGAGGAGCUGUCGAUACCAUCAUGAUGGAUUUGGAGAAACCUUUGACAGAGCCACAGAUCCAGUAUGUGUGUCGGGAGAUGUGUAAAGGGUUAGAUUUUUUACACAAUAACAAAGUAAUCCACAGAGAUCUAAAAGCUGGAAAUAUAUUACUGACUCUUGAUGGUGGAGUGAAAUUAGCUGAUUUUGGUGUUUCUGCUAAAAACAAGUCCACUCUACAGAAAAGGGAUUCUUUUAUUGGGACACCAUAUUGGAUGGCUCCAGAAGUAGUGCUUUGUGAAACACUUAGAGACAACCCAUACGAUUAUAAAGCAGACAUUUGGAGCUUGGGAGUUACUCUGAUAGAAAUGGCCCAGAUGGAACCACCAAAUCAUGAUGCUACCCCAAUGCGUGUUUUGCUGAAAAUUCAAAAGUCUGAUCCACCUAAACUGGACAGGCCAUCUUUAUGGUAAGAACAACCUUGUUGUCAACAUAUUUAGUGAAAAA